UCCUCCCGCUCUCGCCGCCCCGCGUUGCCAUGCAGCCCGUGUCGUCCCCGGUUGCCCUCAGAGUAGCUCCGUACGACCCGUACAGGCCCCGUACCCCGCCCCCCGCGAACCCCUACCCCUACCCAGUGGGCUGCGUCGUCGUCCAGCCCCCGCAAGACUUCGUCAUCUGGUCGGUGUUUAGUUUAGCCGUCAUGAACCACUUCUGCCUCGGCUUCGCCGCUCUCAUUUUCUCCAUCAAGUCAAGGGAUUGUAAAGUCAUGGGAGAUCCUGAAGGUGCAGCUUUGCAUGGCAGGAAAGCAAAGUACCUGAAUAUCGUUGCUUUGAUAGUGGGAAUCAUAUUCUUCAUUAGUAUGGUUGUCGUGGUUGCGUCUGAUCCACCACCUUUCCAUAGAGCAGUGAAAGCAAUACUGCAGAGAUACCAAUGAUUCAAGCUGGCUAAGUUGGAACUUGUGUGUCAAGGAUAUUCUGCUCAUUUAUAUGUAAGUGUGCAUUGGCUACACUUUCUUCUGCUUUGAUUAUACCCACUUUGCUCUUAACACCUGCAAGGAAUGAGGCAGUCUAAAGAAGACAGGACAUCCGGCACAUCUGAAGAUAUAAAGGUUUAUGCUCUUCUUUGCAGCUCUAUAAUCCCACCUUGUUUACAAGGACUAUGAAAGGUUAGGGUGAUCAUUCUCAACUUCUUUAUCCAGUUUGUGUUUCUCAAUACCUGUCUCAAUGUUUGAGUGAUGUUUUCUUUGUCCUAAAGUCUGGAUUUGUGGCCUUCCUAGUUCAUGAUGUUGUUGGGAACCAUCACUCUUUCUGUUCCAUUUUUCAGUUUUUUCACAAGUUUCUCAAUUAAAUUGUGUAUUAGAGCUUUCAUAUAUUGAAAUACGAAGUCUCUGUUGAAUUCUCUGCAAAUAAAGGCAUAUCCUUUUGA